AGUAAAACAUAUAUUGAUACUAUAUAUAUUAUCAGAAGAUGCCUCAGGAAUCCCUAGAGAAUUUAGUUGAAUCCCAGGUUAGGUUACAUUACUUUUUGUAACAUAUUGUAGCCUAGUGGUUUUUUAUUAUUAUUAUUUUUUAUAGCCUAGUGGUUUAAGGCGUGUGCUCGGGAGGACCAAAUGUGCAAGGUUCAAAUCUUUCUCAUGGCUCCAACAAAUUUUAUAAUUGAUACAUCACGUUAAUGUGAUGUAUCAAUCACGUUAAAUUUGUCCGUUGGAUUCACUAUUAUCGACACUGAACGGAAACCCCUUAACUAGUUUAUUAGUAUCUCUGUUUGUGCCAAAGUCGUACAGACGGCUUUUUGCUUUUGUCCGUACCGAGUAGUACGGAUGCGUUUUCAAAGAUUAUUAGUUUUAUUGAAGAGUUAACUAAGAUGAGCAUAUGUGGGCUUUAGGGUGCUAAUGUUAUGCAAAUAAAGUUCUUAUUUUUUAUUGAAGUAAAUUUCUUCAAAUAAAUGUUGUUUAUAGAUUCAAUAAUUAACUUUAUAUAGUUUUCAAGCUGCUUAGUUUUGGAAUAUACACAGAUCAAUUAUUCAUUUGUUCUUGAAUACGACUUCUCUUUUCGUUUCAAAUUGUGUACAGCAUCAGAAAAUGUUUGAAAUUGCAUCUUGACAGUGUGAAGAAUCCCAACACAUAUUGGGGAACAAACAAGAUCGUAUCAUCUUAAUCUCUCGUGGCUCAGAUGCAACUUCCGCCUCUGAGAGCAUAAACAAAGUUUUAUCACGAUGCAUAUCUCCUCACCAUAGAUAUCUGUCAAGGGAAGGAGGGAGAGAGAGAAAGAGACAGAGGAAGGGAGGGAGACGGAGAUGGAGGCAAAUGCGGAGGAGAGAUAGAGAUGCGGAGAAAGGUGACAGGUAAAGAGAGGGAGAUGUAAAGAUGUUGGGUCGGAGAAAGACUGAUAAAGAAGGGUGUCAAGAAGAAAAAAGGCAUACAGAGGGAUACAGGAUAGGAAAGGGAAGGAAAACGAGAAAAUAAGAAAGAGGAAGGGAGAUGGCGCCUGAGGAAGACAGCAAGAGGGAGGGACAAUGAAAAACAGAGCGGAGGAACCGGAAGCGGGAGUAUAUACAUUUUAAUUUAUUUGAACAUUUAUUCCAAAACUAGAGCGGCACAUGUAAGCAUGUGUUAGGAGGCAGUGAUCGCUGAGGCGCGGCUGGGGAAGCUGCCACCAGAUGUCCCGUCCUUCAUGCUCAUUGUUUACUGAGAUGAAGGUAAUUCUGGUGGUGUUGUUGCUGACACAACUUGAGCUCUUCGUAAGGUGUGGCUCGAGGGAGUUAGGUUGCCGGGAGGUGGAACUGAUGGAACAAAUGCCCCUCAACCUCUCUCGCUACAUGAAUGGGACGCACGAGGUCCUGGACAUCGAGCUUGGCGUCCGUCCUCGGGCUAAUAAUUCAAUUUGGAACCUCAAUUUUACCUUCAACAGAGAAGACGACCAGAUAGCCUUCGUCCGCAUCUACCACAGAACAGAGAAUGUUGGCGAAAACAACACUUUGGAAAUACAGUGUUUCAACAAUACCCCUGCGAGAACAAUCAUCUCCUGGAGCGACGGCCAUUCCUUUGGAAUAUCUCGGUUCUUCAAGCUUCAGAUCACGUCAAAUCAACAACUUCUGGUCCACGAUACAACUGGAGAUCAAGUGGAAAAAUUGUUAUCAGAAUUUUGUGAAGUUGAUCUUGGCGCCAUCAACCUGACAGUUGAGAGUACCCCGCCUGGUCAACUCAUACUCAUCCUAUCCUGCGUCAGUGAUGUUUCCAGCAUCUGCAAGAGCUGGAAGUGUAUUAUAACCACCGCAUCCUUGGUGAGUGUGCUGCUGGUAUCGGCGGGUGUGGUGUGGAUAGUAAGCAGGAGGAGGAUCGCCAAGAUACUGAGUCACAAAAGGCUGACCAUGGCUGAGUAUUCUCACGAAGAAACAGGCCAAAACGCGCCCCUGCAGGAGGAACCGCAGCCUCCCAAGCCCCAACAGAGGAAGCCAGUGCCCUCCCCGCGCACUGUCUUCCUACACAGACGUGAACGAGCUGCGGAUGCCCUCUCCACCUCAUCCAUCUCAUCUAAAUUUUCUUUUGGCAGUACCACCACCAUGCCCAGCUCAGUGGUCCUGCCAGCUACGGUCCCAUCCGUGCCUACCAGCCCAUCGUUCUCCGUCGGGAGCGUUGGCACACUGCCUGAAUUUUCCCUGAACUCACCGAACCUCGACACGCACGAGGUCACGACGGGCACCCACAGCUGCCAGGUUUCCCCAGUGCCCCAACCGGACACUCCCCCUGCUGAAGCAGCAACCCUCAGGCACGCCUCAACACUGCAACAGCAGCACACGGGAGACAGCGAGGAACAUGUUUACGAGCGAGCAACCUAUCUUUUCGACAUCUAGACGCUCUUUGGAGCAUCAUCAGGCUAAACAUCUGUCGAAACUUUGACACCAUAGGUCAACACCGUAACACAGACGUCACCCAAAAAACGACUGCAUUCGUAAAGGCUUAUCACGAUGCGCGUUCAACCACCUGCACUGAGGUCGUUCGAACAGCUGUUCUAUUUAAACAAUAGAGCUGCUCCAUUUAAACAAUAAAGGUCAAACAGCCCGUCCUCCUAAGGUUUCCCAACGGCAAGAAACUGUCCUACGAAAACACCAAUUCCUACUCUACCAGAGGACCCAAAACAGAAAACGGGAAAGUAUGUAAAUUUCCCGAGCUACUACCAAUUUCUAGUACAAUUUUUGGCCUUAGGCAGAGUAUACGUCAAAAUGCGAUAUUCUAUUAGGACAGGUUGAACCAUUGGGAUCACACCCGGCUUACAGAGCCCGUUCCCCGAGAUUGUCCACCAGGCUGCGCUGGAGAAACGUGCAUACUUAUACAUAUUACAAUAUAUUCAGAAACACAUUUGAGAUUUACAUAUUAUGGAACUGUUAACAAACGUUAACCUCAA